UGCGCUGUACGGUCCUAUGUGCAGUGCAGUUCAACAGAGGCUCCAGAGAUGAAAACUCCGCCUGACAGGUUGGGGCUUACCUUUGAGGUCGGAGGUCAGCUGGAAGCCCGAGAUCGACAGAAGAACUGGUACCCGGCAACCAUUGAGAAGAUCGACUACGACAAAGAGCGGGUUCUGGUCCACUACCGCCGGUGGAGCCGGCGCCACGACGAAUGGUUCCACUGGAACUCUCCGUCCAUGCGUCCCCUGGAGCGGGUCAGUCUGAGGAAGCAGGGCCGGACCCCCCAACAGUCUCCCUCGACGUUCGUUUCAGGUAAGAAGGUUCUGGCCUGUUGGACCGACUGUCGCUUCUACCCGGCGAAAAUCCUCAAGGUCAACAAGGACGAUUCUUACACGGUGCGGUUCUACGACGGCGUGGUCCGGACCGUGAAGCCCACCAAGAUCAAACCCUUCCUGAAAAAGUCCAAAUCUGACAAAAGUGCUGUGGGGAGUGAAGGAUGGGAGGAGGGGGAGAGUGAGGAAGAGGAGGAGGAGAUCAGUGAGGGAGGAGAGGAAGAGGAGGGGGAGAAGAAGGGAGAAGAGGAAAAGGUGAUGUCAGAGGAGAGGGAUGGAGCUGAGGAGGAGAGGAAGAGGAAGGCGGAGCCUUCAUCUUUCCAACCACCAACAAAGAAGAAAACAGAUAACAGCAGCGACGAGGGAGCUCAGGAUCAACCAACCACAGCUGACUCCGCCUCUUCUGCUGUUCCUAACCCCGCCCACGUGGACCCAGACAUCCUGUUGGAGCGUCAGGCCCACCUGCCCACCACGCACAAGUUCAGCCGAGAGCCAC